GGAGAACGAAGGAGGGGGAGAGACUGCCAGAGAGGAAGAGAAAAGAAAGGAAGAAACACUAGAAAGAAAAAGGAAGAGGGGAUAAAGGGAGAUCAAUCAUUUACCCUUAAAUAGCUAGACUGAGGGGGGGAGGGGGGGAAAGAAGGCCGUGGAAGGUGUGCCCUAGCACGACUGCUUUGAAGUGUUCAUCAUCAUUCCCUUUGGUUUAUGGAGAAAAAGAAAAUGGUAACUCAGGGUAACCAGGAGCCAACAACAACUCCUGAUGCAAUGGUUCAGCCUUUUACUACCAUCCCGUUUCCACCUCCUCCACAGAACGGAAUUCCCACAGAAUAUGGAGUGCCACACACUCAGGACUACGCCGGCCAGACCAGUGAACAUAACCUGACACUCUACGGAAGUACACAAGCCCACGGAGAGCAGAGUAGCAACUCACCCAGCACACAAAACGGAUCUCUUACGCAGACAGAAGGCGGAGCACAGACAGACGGCCAGCCGUCACAGACACAAAGUAGUGAAAAUUCAGAGAGUAAAUCUACCCCUAAACGGCUGCAUGUCUCUAAUAUCCCUUUCCGCUUCCGGGACCCCGAUCUCCGACAGAUGUUUGGGCAAUUUGGCAAAAUCCUAGAUGUAGAAAUAAUCUUUAAUGAACGCGGCUCCAAGGGAUUCGGGUUCGUAACUUUCGAGAAUAGUGCUGAUGCAGACAGGGCCAGGGAGAAAUUACACGGCACCGUGGUAGAGGGCCGUAAAAUCGAGGUGAAUAAUGCUACAGCACGUGUAAUGACCAAUAAGAAGAUGGUCACACCAUAUGCAAAUGGUUGGAAAUUAAGCCCAGUAGUUGGAGCUGUAUAUGGCCCCGAGUUAUAUGCAGCAUCCAGCUUUCAAGCAGAUGUGUCCCUGGGCAACGAAGCGGCAGUGCCCCUAUCAGGAAGAGGGGGUAUUAACACUUACAUUCCUUUAAUCAGUCUCCCUUUAGUUCCUGGAUUUCCUUACCCAACUGCAGCCACCACGGCGGCCGCUUUCAGAGGAGCCCAUCUGAGGGGCAGGGGGCGGACGGUGUAUGGUGCAGUGCGAGCGGUACCUCCAACAGCCAUUCCCGCCUAUCCAGGUGUGGUUUACCAGGACGGAUUUUACGGUGCUGACCUCUAUGCCGGAUAUGCAGCCUACAGAUAUGCACAGCCUGCUACUGCAACCGCAGCCACGGCUGCUGCAGCCGCUGCCGCCGCUUACAGCGACGGUUAUGGCAGGGUGUACACAGCUGACCCCUACCAUGCCCUUGCCCCUGCCGCUAGCUAUGGAGUUGGCGCUGUGGCGAGUUUAUACCGAGGUGGCUACAGCCGAUUUGCCCCCUACUGAAGUGACGUGAGACCCUGCGAGUGGGACAGCCCCCAGUUCAUGAGGCCUGGCUAUUGCAAUAUUUACUAGUAGAGGAACUCUAUAGCAAGAUGAAGAGGAAAAACAAACAAAACAAACAAAACAAAAAAACACAAAAAAAGAGAGAAUACUUUUUUAUACCUCACUAUGUUCUUUGAAUAUGUAUUUUUCCUUUAAAUUUCUGCCUUUAAUUCUUUUGUUCCAAAGAUUGUGCAUUUUUUCUUUUUUUUUUUCCUUUUUUUUUUUAACUGUGGUAAAAAAAACAAAAUGCAUUUCCAUGUCUGUAUGUCCGUGCUUAGCUUUCUGUCAAUCACGGAAGAGGCAAUUAAUGAGGGAGGAGAGAGAUUAGGAACUGAGAACUGCGUCUGAUCAGAAAUCAGCAGACAGAAUUACCAAAGUGUAUCUGGUGCUGGCCAGCGGGGGGACACGCAGAAGUGGGAGAGAUUUUCUGCAAUAGGAUAGUCUUCUAGUCUUCUGAGUUUCUGGUCUUUGGCAGGCAAUUCUGAUUGGUUGUGGCUGGAACCCACAUGCUAAUAGAUGAUAGGAAUUUGUGCUUGCCAAGCAGGAGAAUUAAAAAUUCACUUUCCUCUCCUCUUCCCUCCUGUCUUCUCCAUUCUUUUUACAAUCAUCUUACAUGCACAGCCUGAGACAGUUGGCAGAGUUUUUGGAAUUAUAAUAUUAAUAUUUCCAAACUUGCUCUCAGACUGUGGAUAAUAAACACCUCAUUAGGAAACUAAUCUCAGAAUGAACUCUGGAGUAUGAAAAAGAUUUCUUUUCUUUCUUGCCAUCCUAGCAUUCCUGCUGGGCUCCUUCCCUUUUAAUUGAACCACAGCUUAGCUCAUCUAUCCUUUUAUGAACACCCUGCCCCCAUGUCCUCAAGAUUCAGGAAUUUAGGACCCAGGGACAGAAAAAUAAAUAAAUAGCUAGUGGCCAGCUUUCUUCCUGGACACGGUUGAGGAUGAAGUACAAUCUGUCAAGAGCCAGUACAGAGGGUCAAGAGAAGAGAAAGGAGGUUAGGCCGUGUCUGCAAGGCACUCUGAUACUCGCGAUCUUCCUCUUCCAUCAGAAAGUCAGUGCAGAGUGCAAGACAGAAUGAAGACUUGGCAAGAGACAAGCAGCGCGUCCUGGGCCAGCUGUCCCUGGAAGGCUUGGUGGCCAGGGCCUGUCAGGGCGGCGAUGGCACUGUACUAGCUCCAAAGCCAUAGGAAUGUCCUCCUCCAGAGCCUUUAUGAGUCACUUCUCUCUCCAGUCUUGAGCCCCCGUGGCCCUUCCACCCAGCUUCUCAUUAUCCUCCAAAGACCCCAGCUGAGCACCUGGACCAGUUGGUAUUCGUGAACACUACAGGACAGAAAGCACGAAGCCCCGAGGCUGCUCUCCCGUAGGGAAGGAGGAAGAGAUGGCCAGGAGUUACGGGGCGGCCCGUGCAGUGGGUCACUGCUGUUGCUGCCUGCCUUCCCCUAUGUGUGUGAUCGAGGUAGGGAAGAAAGUGUUUCUCUUCUAGCUGUUAGCUGUUACUGAUAGAGGUAAGGGUCCUGCCUUUCCAGCAUGAAGGCAUAGAAAACAGAAAAGCACCGUCUGUCUGGCUCCCUGGUCUAUUCACAUUGGUACUAGGGUGACCUUUCACCCCAGGGAUAGCUGAUAAAGGGAGUAAUUCAAAGACACGGAGCUUCCGGUGUGUUAUGGGUUUGGUUUUGGUUUUUUAACUCCUGCCUCCACACAUGUUCUUGACUGAUAACUGAUUCGUGUCCCUGAAUUAAAGUGACUGACAUACGACAGCAUCAAGCAUUCUUUGUAAGCAGAGGCUUGUAUCUGGGAAGGACUGGCCUGUCGGAUAGAAUACAUGUCUCUCCCCUUGAGGAUCCUCUGUCCUAGCAACUGGGAGACAUCAUUGAAGCUAGAGGCCUCGAUGCAAUUCUUGUUGAUUCUGGGGAUUGUGUAGAAUAGGGGACACCAAACUGCCCAGUCCACUGGCCACUUCUUAAGGGUUCUCCUCCCCAAGCCAAAGUUUGAUUUGUUGCUGUGAAGACAGUUUUUGUUGUGUGUAUAUAAAUCUUUUAGUUAGCGGUGGGGGGUGGGAAUUUCUAGAGAAUGGGGGCAGGAGGAUUUCUUUUUCUUAUUUUCUUUUGUUUUGAGGGAGAGCUUUUACUGACUAAAGGAACCGAGAGAAAUUUCGUGUCAUGUUCAAAGAGGGCCAUUCUCAGAAUGGCAAGACACCCCUUGGAGACAAGGCCACAUUCUGAACAGCUGUGUCCGCAGCAGGGAGGAGGGCAGUGAGCUUGAGAGUCUUCUCUUCCCCAGAAGGGAUGAGGGUGAAGGGAAGGGUGGAGAAGGCAGCUCCCAUGACCCUUUUAGGAGGCAGAGCUUGAGCUGGAGGUACCCUUUGUGCAUUUCAGUUCAGCUGGUUCUGGCUGAGGACCCCAGGCAAGCUCCGUGUUCUCCAAGGGCUUCUGCUGCCUUCCAGGGGGUGGUAACACGGCUCCCUCUAGCUCCCUCCUGAGCAGGACCAGAUGAGUUCUGCUUCUCACUAACGGGCCUCUAGUUUUGGGUAUCCACACUGAGGAGUAGGGCUCGGAAACCCCUGGAUUUGGCGGUAUUGGCCUCCCAUCCACCUUUGAACUUUGAGACUCCAUCAGAGGCAGGUUCCUCAAGGCAUUAGAGCUUGUCCAUUCCUGGCUCAAGUCCCCACUGGACUAAGCAGCUGAGUCAGAAGAGAGUUUGGCAUCUUGCGAGUUCGUUAGCGCGUGCUGGUUGAUAAUUCCUAAAAACAUAUUGACGCUGAGUCACCGUGCAGGAGAGAUUUCAGCAGCUUACUUAGCUCAUGACGUGGACUUUCUAUACUAAGCAUCUUACUCUUAGGAGCUGGGCUCCUUCAAGGAGACCCCUAGUGGAGAUCUUUAUCUAAACAUGCCUCUUUCCCCCCAGAGAGCUGUCCUUAGGUCUUUCCCAGAAUCCCUAGUGUUACAUAGCUCAGCUCCCAAGGACCUGGAUCAGGGAUCAGCUGUGGCGAUUCGUCCUUUCUAAGGCUCUCAGGUUUCACAAAACCUACCAUCACCAUUAUCCUCCAACAGCCACAGUCAGAAUGGAGCCUCUUAUUUUCCUUAAAAAAGAAGGGGGCUGGGGCUCAGCUCUUAGUUUAAGGGGAGCUAGUGGAGAUCUGUUUCCUAGAAAUAAGCGAUAGCAGCUUUUCUUCACAAGUGUGACUCCUCAGGGGCUGAACUGCUCUUAGUGUAGGUUAGACUUUCCUAGAGGUAGCCGAUAAGUCGGUGAGUCGCCAUCACCCUAUGACUAGUCACGUAGCUUCCAGAUAGGAGGGAGGUGGAAACUUGGGAUGGAAGCAGCUCCAAGGAUCUGCGAGGCGGGCUUGAUUACCCCCCUUCCCUCCGGCAGGAGAGCGAGGCCAAGCGAGGGACAGUCUGGAAGGCACUAGACGUGUAAGGAGGGAAAGGGGACGUUGUCCAAACCCUCCCCUUUCGCCAAGGCCGGCCGCUUCUCUGCUGCUUGCAACCCUUUAGCACAGUAACAUUUGCAGAAUUGCAGAUUUUACCCCCACCCUCACCCCACCCCCGGAUAAUAGGAGGAAAGAGACCUUGGGGGGUAGGGAAGGGGUAGUGGUGUUUUAAAAGCAUAAGUUACCUGUUUGCACUGUUUUAAGAUAGGAAAAAAAUAGUGGGCAAGGUGAACAUCAAACGUAAAUUUGUGUGUUUUUAUUUUGUCUUGCUCUUGAAAAUGUUUGACCAUUUGUAGUGUACACAGUGAAACUUGAUUCUCUGUUGCAUAAAACACUAUUUUAUUUUAUUUUUUGAAAAUGUUACUGUUCAAAAGCCUCUUCCCUCCCUUUCCCCUUUCCUCUGUACUUCCUUCAUACUUGCUUUACUGAUCAACCAGGCCAUAGCCAUCCAAGUGCUAGCUCUUAGUGUAAGGGGAGCUAGUGGAGCAUGACGCAGGGCCCUUCGCAGGUCGGCUCCGGGUGUCCUAAGCCAGCACGUGCCCUCUGGUGGAGUGAGUGUGGCGGAGUCCCUGGCACCUGUCUUUACAGUGAGACUUGCAGACCAGACUACAGCCGGUUCUCAAAUUCCUGAAUCCCACGAGGAGCCGAGGCGCAGGAGUGCUGGAGGGUCGCAGUUGGCUGUGGGGGCUGAGUUCCCGUCCACGUCACCAGCACUGUAGCCAGUUAGUUUACUCAGGAAAACGGUCGAUCACUUCAGCCAUGGUGGUGCUGGUUGGCAGGGAUUGGUAACCGAGAACGUCCAUCAGCCAACAUUCAACCUUGCCUUUAAGGAGCCUGCCAGUGCGGCACUCAGGCCUCUGUCGGCGUGCGCCCUGUGUGCCGGCGGUGAGGGCUCAGGUCACACUGCAGGCAGAAAGGGAACGUUGGUUCUCUUCUCUCUCCCCACCCCCUGUCCCUGUUAGCAACACCAGAUUCCCAGGGGGGUCCACGAGUUUUUGAAUUUAAAAAAAAAUGGUUUCUUUUGGUUUAGUUUUCCUGGGGACUAAGUGCUUUAAGCAGUGUCGGUGCCCCGUCAAGACUCCGAGCUUAGUCACUUUCCUGUAUUUUUCUGUUCACAGUAUUUGUGUGUGUGUGUGCUUGUUUUGGCAGCUCAUUUUGGCUGUAUUAUAUAUCGAGUGAUGAAUUGAUCCUCUUUUUUCCCUAAGGGAUAUGAAUUGUUUUUCUUGUGUUAUAAUUCUGCUUGUGAAAAGCUGGAGCAAACCUGGGGCUGACACACGUAAGCUAGGGCUGCAGAGCUGAGAGCCGGGGUCCCUGUUCCCGGCAGGCGGCCCCCUGAGUCUCUGAGCUCUUCAGUCCAAAUCUUUGCAAGGCUCAAAACGCCACAGCACCUCUCCUCCCCACCCCCGUGGCGGGGACUGAACCGUCCUCCACGCCACAUGCACUCUCCGGCCCCUCCCAUUGCCAUGGCAAACAGGUACCUUCGGGGCACGGGGGCAUCACGUGGGAUGCUUGUGUAACUGACCACCUCGCCUUCUCUCCCUCCCCUCCCCGGAUCACUUCCUAGGACCCCCGAGCUGCUCGCCCAGGGUCCCGUUUCCCUGCGGACUCCAGAGAAGCACCCAGGGCUUUGUGACAGCCUCUGAUUCCCUCCCUUCUCGUUAAGAAUCAUAUUGUAUAGUAGCUUUCAGACCAUACAGUAUUCAUUGGGUUACUCCUAUUAUUAUCAAGUAGCUGGAAUUGUGAAGGUCGGAGUAGUUAGAUCUUUAGCUUUUAUUCCUUAUUUUUUUUUGUAUUACUAUCCAUGUGUAUAAAUUAUUGAUCAUGUUGCUGGCUUUUAUAAACUCUACGCGAAGGGGGAGCACCGCCUCUGCCUUUGCCAAUGGUAAUGAAGCACUGUUUUUAAAUAAAAGAGAGAAACACCA